ACUUUGCAAACCCCUGUGUGUGUACCCCGAUAAGCCCAGAAGGCACCACCGGAGCACACUGAUAAGAGACACUGAAGAAGCCCCUCCAUCGGGUAUAAAAGAAGGACUCUCACACCAGCAGUCAGACGCCUGUCUGCCCUCCACAGACGAGACGUUCUCCUUGCCCCUGGAACUUCUGCCACUCCUGCUCUGCCCUGAGCCCAGAUUGUUAGAGGCCUCUCUUUGUGUCAAGAGACCGAGCACCUGCAGCUGCGUAUCCGACGACCUCCGUGUGUCUCUGUCAGCGAGUGUCUCCGGGUGGCCUGCCAAGGACUGAAACCCAUCUGCUCUCUGUGAUCAGAAAUGAGUGAACAGCCAGAAAAAACCACUUCCACUGAAGAGGGACACACAGGUCAAAGUUCUCCUGAGAAAAACUGUCAAAUCGGACAAAAGCAACUGCAACAGAUAGAGCGGCAGUUAAGAUGCUUGGCAUUUCAAAACCCUGGACCCCAGGUAGCAGACUUUAAUCCUGAAACACGACAGCAGAAAAAGAAAGCCCGGAUGUCAAAGAUGAAUGAGUAUUUUUCUGUGAAUUACAAGAUUAUGAAGAAGUAUGACAAAAGUGGCCGGCUAAUCUGUAACGAUGCUGAUCUGUGUGACUGCCUGGAGAAGAACUGCCUGGGCUGCUUCUACCCCUGCCCCAAGUGUAACUCCAACAAGUGUGGGCCCGAGUGCCGCUGCAGCCGGAAGUGGGUUUACGAUGCCAUUGUCACCGAGUCUGGAGAGGUCAUCAGCACCCUGCCAUUCAGUGUUCCUGACUAGGAGCCAUUACAUGUGAAUUGAUUUAUUUCUUCUUCUUUACACUUAAGCCAACCCAUUUAUCUUGGUGAAUUGUAGGGCAUGGGGGGGGGGGGGGGGGGGGAAUGUUGGAAAAAGCAUACUUAAGCGUCGUGUUCUCCAAAGCUGUAACACAGUGUAGAAUGGACAGUCAUUCUAUAACCUUCUUACUGUGUCUUCUCAAAUUCUUUCACUUGGGAAGACUGUGAUAGUGGAUGGAUCUCUGUUUCUCUCAUCAAUACUUCCAUCUCUACUCUCCUCAAAUUUAAAAUCUCUUUUUUGCUGGUACAUCUGAGAAACUGUAAUUUUAAGAUUUUCAGAAUUCUUUGGCUUAAAGUUUUGUUUUUUUACAUAGAAUCAUACAUUUAUAAUACCUAGUGAUCCUUAGAAUUGUACACAUCACUAGUUCUAAAUCAGAAUUUCUAUUUGGACUUUAAAAAAAGGACCCAAACCUUAUGACUUUGCAUUGCAUAUUCAUAGUCUCAUUUGUUAUUGUUAUUUUAAUAAUAAUAAAUUUGGUAAUGUUUUUAUUAAAAAUUUAUAUUUUACUUGUAAAGUUGAGAAAUGAGGACUUGCAUAUCUUAAAAGCCGGUGGUUUACAUUGUUUUCAUUCAGGCUCAGUAUCUCAAAAUUAGUUUUCAAAAGAAGAAAACUUAAGUUAUUAUACAAAUGUGAGUUUGUUGUAUGUUUGCUAAUUAAGUGUAUGGCUAUGCAGUUGAAUAGAUAUAUGCUGUGUGUUUUUUCAGAUCUGAUGCAUUGUGGGAGGUUUAUAGAAAGUUGAGCUGUCUUCUUUGAAUUUGGUUUUAUAGUCCCAUUUACCUUAAGUUGGUAGACUUGUAUCAUAGAUUUUUAUUAUCCUACAUCCAAGUUUCUAAUUCAUUAGGUUGAAUUUGCAUUUCCAAGGUGAUAUUGGUGCUGCUGGUGUGGGGCCAGCCUUUGAGAACCAUUUCUUUAAGUUAUGGAAAGGUUUAAGUAGAUAAUUGAAUAAAUGCUUUAAAACAUUAUUAAGCGUAUUUAAUUUGAAAGUAAACUUUUCAACGUUUUAUUUUUCCUCUAUAAUCAUUUUCAAAAGCAUUUAUUUCUUCACAGUCCACAUGUCUCAGGGAAGGGUCCUGAUAAUUCUAGGCUUGUUAGUUCACAGUAUGUUUUGAGACUAACAUAACAAAAAUUUUAGAAGACCUAUUUUGACUACAGUACCCCUGUGUGUGUAGCAGGAGAACUUACUCUGUUUCCCACAGAAUUUACUGAGUUUUCCAGAUUCAACUCACUUUUACUGAGACAAACACUAUGCUAAGUGCUUCUAGUUCAUUACCUGUGAUCAUCACGGCAACUGAGGAAGAUAGGAACUCAGAUCACCGGAGUCAGACCCUUUGAAAUGCCUACCAGGAGCGUGCAGCCCUGAAACCAGUCAA